AUGAUCAUUCUUAUCAUGUUCGCGUACAUCGAGAUUGUCAUAGUUCUACUGGCACUACUAUCGAAUACCCUAUUCACUUUCAUGAUACAUCAGGCUUCUAGUCUUCAUUUUAAUUGCAGAAAUCUCUUGUUCUCAUUCGCAUUCUCUAUGUACCUCUUGACGGUAUCUCAUGGGUUAACAGUUUUUGAGUUUUUGUAUGAAGGCAAAACAUACGAAUAUGUAUAUUUUGUGUCUCCAAGAGGGAUAGCUUGGAGAAUAGUACACGAGAUUGGUUAUGCAUUUCAAUCGUUCUCGUUGUUGUUAUUUUCAAUCGAGCGUCUUGUGGCGUGCAUUUGUCCAGCAAGUUAUAGUAAACUUGAGAUUAAAAUACUCUUCUUGAUUCUAACCCUGAUAUCACUAGGGAUAUCAACAGCUUUCUCAUUAUUCAUUCAUAUGGGCGGCGAGAUGUUUUUGACGACGGUUUCAAUGGAUGUCGUGGAUGUUUUGGGAUGCUUGAUCCUCCUCGUUGCCUGGAAGCGGUCCCUUCUCCGCUACCGUAACACCGUCGGCAUUUUCAACCUUGAACAAAGAUUUCAACUAUCUGAAGUCUACACAUGGACCCGUCAUUUAAUCCCCGCCGUUUUGUUAGCAAGCAUGUCGAAAAUCAUCGUUAUAGUACUCAUUUGGAUUCUGAUUACUGGGAACUAUACCGGAAACGAUGCAGCGUUAUGGGUCAUUUUAUACAACAAUGUUCUGAAUGUCUACACACUGGUCUUGCCAUUUGUGAUACUUUUCAAGCAUCAGAAGAUUCGAGAAAGAUUUAUAAAUAAAGAUUUUGAAAGUUCCAGCCCUUUCCUGUUGCUUUUUACGGUUUCUCUGUUUUUUCUAGCCCUGACGCAUGGGUUUCAAACUUUUGAAUUUUUGAUUGGAAUCCGUCCAGAGGAUUCGACCAGCUACAAGGAUUCCAUAAGGAUGUUCGUUUGGAGUUUAAUUCAUGAGUUUGCAUUUGCAUUGCAUACACUCUCACUUUUUGCUUUUUCAGUGGAACGCUACAUCACCGCGAAAAUCCCGAUUGCCCAAAACUUGCGGAACCGAACCUUUUCUAUUAUAAUCGCAAUCAUCAUUUCUAUCCUUUCAAUGAUCUAUGCUCAAGCUAUUCAUCUCGUAAACUUUCACAUCACGCUGAUCACCUGUUUGACCAUUGUUGAUAUGUUUGCGUUGGUGAUUCUUGUACUUUCCUCAAAGAUUUCAUUCAAACAAUAUAGGAACACAGCCGGGAAAGCGACUCUGGAGCAGAGAUUUCAGAUCUCUGACGUCUACAUCUGGACCCAAGCGCUGAUUCCUGCUGCUUGUUUGGCGUUCCUUCUGAAGUUCAUCUACGUCAUUGUGAUUUGGGUGCUUCAAAUUGUGGAGGAUAAUAUGGCAUAUCAAAUUAGUGUCAGUCACUUUUUUCAAAGUGUAAUGGAUCUUUUCACUUGUGGAAUACCAUUUUUGGUCAGCGCCAAUCAUAGGAGACUGAAUAAAUCGGUGGGUCUUUUUCGCAACAUUUUGCGGACAAUGGUUUCUGUUGACUAA